CGCUAAGGCCUUAUGGAUGAACUGAGCACAGGCAUCCUGGGUUCUCGCAACAGCUGGCAAUCCUGUCACACGCGUUACGUACACUUAUUCAACUCUACCUGCGCGAAAUUGAUUUCUGUACAUAGGUACUGAGUGCAAUAUUGUGUUAUCAUUUUGCAAAUGGAACGAGUAGCCAGAAAGAAGUAGCGAGAGCUGCGAGCGAGCUCCCUCUCCUCGCCCUGUAGCCGAUUUCCAAAGAUGAAGAGUAUAGGCGCCACCGCUUUGGCGAACCUCAAGCGCUUGCAACUGCGGGGGCGCGACGGGCCGGAGCAGAAGGAGGUGGUCAUUGCCUGGGACAUUGAGAAUGCGCGGCCCCCACCGGGCAUACCCGUCGAGGAGGUUGAGAGGGCCAUCUCCAACGCCUUCCAGCACCUGCCCCGCCGCAAGCGCCACGCCUUCCUGGCCGCCGCCAGCCCCAGGUCCUAUGCGGCCAUGACCGCCGUGUACGGCCAAGACCAGGUGAACCACCUGCUGAGCCACACGGACUUCAUGCUCGCACCCGGCGGCGCCAAGAGCACCUCCACAGACGCCAAGCUGCUGCAGCGCAUUGAUGAAUUCAUCGAGCGGCAGUGCGCGCUGGGCCGGGCGUCGUACAGCGUGCUGGUGCUGAUCACGGGCGAUGACGACUACACGCCGCGUGUGAAGCGCGCUAUGCACGCCGGCAUGGACGUGGAGCUGCUGCACCCCGCCGGCAUCACCAGCAGGAGCCUCAUGGCCACACUGGAGGGGCGCGCGAACGUGUGGCAUGCUGAGUGGCAGCAGUUCCUAGAGUACUGGAUCAACGCCAACAGCAGCAACAGCGGCAGUGCGGGUCCCAGCGGCGGGGGCCAAGCCAGCAGCAGGCAGCCGCAGCAAGGCGGGCCGCGGGCUUCAGAGUCCGCCUCAGGCAGCGGCAAGCCGGCGGCAGCGGCUGCUGCUGGCGGGAACAAGGGCACUCAGCCGCCGCCGCCGCCACAGCAGCGCACACCACAGCAACAACAGCAAGCGCCACAACCGGCAGCCGCCGCCUCCUCCCGCGGGAGUGAUGACAGCCGCAGCAAAAAUGGCACUACUACUAGUAAGGAGCGCGCAAGCGCGGUGCUGGCCCUGUCAAGCCUACCUGUGGUUCGCCAGUCGUGCGACCCGGACCGCGCACUGGCGGCGGUGUGUGGCUGGCUGGCCAGUGAGAGGCGGGACAACAGCGCCUUCUACCAGAGCCUGCAUGCCUUCGCCUCCGAGUGCGGCUGCAAGCUGGUGGUGGAUCGGGACCUGGUGACAGCAGCAGCCGAGGGCGGUGGCGAGCUGACACUCACCUGCGUGGACGAUGACGAGCGCCACCCGCAGCGCGCGGUGCAGAGCGCACGCGACCGCCUGCGCAACGAGAUCAACGAGGUGCUGCUAGGUGAUCCCCACGUGCUGUUGCUGGCAGCCAUGCGUCAGCAACAGCAGCAGCAGCAGCAACAGCAGCAGCAGCAGUCGCAGUGGCAGCAGUGGCAGUGGCAGCAGUCGCCGCGUCAGCAGCAGCAGCCGUUCUUCCAGCCCCAACCCCAGCCCCAGCAGCCGUCCCAGCCGCCCCACAAUCGUCAGCCGCAGCAGGCGCAGCAGCAGGCGCCGGCGCAGCGGGCGCAGCAGCAGGCGGCGCCGCAGGUGCCGCCGCCAGUGCCGCCCGCCCACGGCGUUGGCAGCAGCAGCAGUAGCAGCAGAGUAGGGAAGGAGCGCGUGAGCACGACACUCCGUCUGCCCGACCUCGACUUCGUGCGUCAGUCGGAUUGCCCAGAGGCUGCACUGGCGAUGGUGCUCGGCUGGUUGGACGCGGCGCGCACCGACAAUAGCGCUUUCUACCAGAGCCUGCACGCACUCGCCUCCGAGUGCGGCUGCAAGCUGGUGGUGGGUCGGGACCUGGUGGCCGCACGCGGCGAGCUGACACUGGCAUGUGUGGAUGACGACGAGCGCCACCCGCAACGCGCGGUGCAGAGCGCACGUGACCGGCUGCGGCUUGCGCUUGACGCCGAGCUGCGCCAGCCCGGGCAUGUGCUGGGAGCCAAGCUGGGAUCCGUCGUGGUCAACGCAACCAAGAAGCUGUGUGACUGGCUCUUCAGCCCCGGCGCCGCCGCCACCGGCGGCGGCGCCGGCGGUGGCAGAGGUGGCGGCGGCGCCGCGCCGCCGUGUGUUGAGGAUUUGGAGGCGUUGCUGCGUCAGCGCGGCUUUUGCGCGGCGGCGGCGCCGCCGGGUUGGGUGUGGCCUGCGAGGGAGGAGCAGCUGCGGGCUGCGGCCAAGGCAGUCGUGCUGGUGGAGGAGGGGCUGGGGCUGGCGCCGCUGCCGCUGCCCGACGGGCGAGCGCUCACCGCCCGGCCCUUCGAGCCGCCGGCGGCGGCGGGCGGGCGGGCGGCGGACCGCUUUCCCGAGUUUGAGGUGGCGGCGGUUGCGGCGAUGCUGCGCAGCCGAUUGCAGCCGAAUGAGCUGGAGGCGCAGGUGGUGUGGCAUGCGGCGGCGAUCUGUGACGCGGCGGCCAGCUUAGGCCCGGGUGGCUGGAUAAGCGGCGGCGGAGGCCGCGGCGGAGGCGGAAGCCACAGCAGCAGCAGCAGCAGCAGCAGCAGCAGUCACUAUGACCAACAGGUCAGGGGGCUCGCGGCGGCGCUGUGGCUGCGGCACUGUGACGGUGCGGGGCUGUGUCCGCCACUACAGCAGGCGCCACAGCCGGCGGCGGCGGCGGCGGCAGCAGCGUCAACCGCAGCGGCAUCGAAGCCCGCCGCCGCGGCGGCGGGAGCGGCGGCAUCGUCUGUGGCUGCGCCCCGCGUGUCUGAUGCGGCUGACGCAGGCAGCACUGAUGCCAGAAGCAGCAGCACCCCCGCCAGCCCAGCCACGACUGCCCCUACCGCCGCCGCCGCGACGCCGCUGGCGGCGCUGCCGUACCCCGCGCUGGCGGCGCUGCUGCUGCGGCACGGCCACGACGCCGCCGUGCUGACCGACCCGCAGCUGUACGGCACCGCCUUCGCACUGCUGUGGCUGGACGCACGUGCUGCUGCUGCUGCGAGUACGGCUGCAGCUUGUACGGCAGCUGGUGGUACGGCGAGCGGUGCUGCUGGUGUGGGCGUCGGCGGUACGGCUGCUGGUCGCGAUGGUGGUGACGGCGGCGGCGGCGGCCCUGGCGGCGUUGCCGCGGCGCCGCAGGUGGGGAGGCUGCCUGACGGGGGUGGCUGGGUCAGGGUGGUCCUGCCAACUGCGUUUGCGGGCACUGCGGCGGCGCGGGCGGCUGUUGCGCAGGUGUUGGGUAGUGGCCUGAGCUGUGGAGAGUUGGUGGCGGCGCUACGGGGCCUGGGGGCGGCGCCGCCACCUGGGUCGGAGAAGAGCGAGAUUGCGGGCCUGUUGGCGGAGCUUGUGAUAGCGGCGGCGGCGGCGGCGGCGGCAUCGUAGAGAGAGCCGUGCGUACGUGUUGUGUUGUGUGCGGAGCAUGUGCGGGGCACGUGCAUGUGUAUGCAGGGCUGACACGCGAGGUAGCACGAGUGCAGAGGGAAUGGGUGGCCCCGCAGGGCAAAGUGGCGGCGGGUGGCGGGAAGUAAGUGCCGUGUCAUUUUACUUGUACGGCUUUGUACGGCGCCGCCAGCCCGCCACCGGUCACACGUACGGCGCCGUGCAUAACUAAUGACACGACACCUGCUGUGUUGACGCCCGCUGCUCAUCCCCCUCGCUGCCGCCAGACGUGACAUCCCAAAGUCAAUCACUGCAUCACUCGCGUGAGUCCUCACGUUCAAAAUAAUCCAUGUGCGCUAGUGGCUUCUUAUUCUGACUGAUGGCAGUACGGUAUGGAAGCAAGCGUGAGGACAUGCAAUGGACUUGCAUCAGUAGUGCCAUGAUAGGUAGGGGGGCGCGGGGUGUACGUCACCAGACAUCCCAUGCGCCAUUAUUGCCAGCAGCAGUUGCCAUUGCAUUGGUAACCCAUUACGGUAUUGUAAGAAGCGGAUCUA